CGCGAAGGUGGAGUCGCUCCCUCCCUUGCCGCUAAACCCGAUUGGGACAGAACACGCUUGUCGCGACUUGAACGUCUUGUCGUGUCGCUCCUCGCCAAAUACGCCUGAUUGCCCCUCUCAGCUCUUCUUCUCUUCAUUUUCCCAUCUUCAUUCCUCUCUUCUACCAACCCAACUUCCACCUCCCGUUCUUUCUUUCACACUCUUGCACACACACAUUCAUUCUUUCACAGUCGUCGUGCGUGUCUCUAUCUGGUCGAGUCAAUUCCACCCGCUUCCCCAUCAGCAAGAGGAGCAUUGGUACCUUACCACCCAAUUCCACCAUCACCAACACAUACACCACAACAUACACACAAUGGCUUUCUACACACGUCAACCAUUUGGCGAGAUUGGCUCUUCCCGGCUCCAGGCCCUGUCCAGUGCCAAAAACAGGCAAAAUUCCAUUCCCAUCGCUAGCGACUUCUCUGCGUCCACGCUCAAGCAGUCUACAAAAUCCACUGGAAAGCGCAGAGCCGCUGAGGUCUUCGAGGAUAACGAUUCUGAGAAUAUCGACCCUUCCAUCUUCAACUCUCCCGCUAAGAAAUCAAAAUCAUCUCCAUGUGACGGAUACAUCAAGCCCGCCAAGUUCUCCCUCAUCAGCGCCCCCACCCCAAAGGAGGCCACCUCAGUCACUCCAUCAGCUUUGGUGCCUUCCGUCCGCAGAGCUCUCUCUUCUCCCAAGCACAAGCGCGUGGGGCUUCUUUCAAAGCGCAGGGCAUCCAGCAGCCCGUACAGGCGUGUCGAUCCUCCUACUGCUACCCCGCCCUCUGGACCAGCCCCCUUCUCCAUCGAUGCUGCCCUGAAAGGGUCGAUCCCGGAUUAUACCCCCAGGCCUGUCGUCGCCGCUCCUAAGCAUACUUCCAUUGAAGAGUCCAUGCCCCAAUCUUGGUUCUUCGAAAUCCACGAAGACACUCCUGAGCAAGAGGCUGCCAACCUGAUGGAACAUUCAGCUGCCGUUUUGGACAUCAGCUCAGACGAUGACGCAGAGACGAAGAAGAAGAAUGAUGAGCUCGAACGGGGAAAAGAGAACAUUCCUCCACCCGAUUUUGUUGCCCAACAAGCUGCCGCUGCGGACCCUACUCCUGCACCAUCUGCACCCGCGGAGGAGACCGACGUCAAGGAACAGACAGCUUCCAUUGAGCACACUGUCAAGCUUCCUCGUCUCAGGAACAUUGCACAGGAUGCCAUGGAUGAGGACCGCUCCCCACUGAAGGACCUUCCUCCUGCCGAGUUCUACGCAGAGGGCCUAGAUGCAUCCUCCUAUGUCACUGUCGAUGCUAGCAUUGAGAGACCAUCAAGCUUGUCGAAGGAGUUCGACUUCAGCAUCCCAUCGCCAUCAAAAGAGGCUGCGGAGGCUGCAACAGUCGAAAAGACUGACAAGUAGCGACCAUUCCCAUGUUUCUCAAGUUUUCGUAUACAUGUUUGAUUCACUUCAAGGUUUUAGGGCUCUCUUUAGUUCAUUGGCGUUGUAGAUACCAUUUGAUUAAGUCUUUUGUUGACUCUUUUCCACGAUUCAGGUGUUACGGGUUACGAGGACAUUCUUGCUUGAGAUUUUGGGUUUUCUGGAGGGGGCAACGGCAAUGCAGAUUUUAUCCAACCUGUGUUUUAGCUACAAAAGUAGACACGACUAAGAGUAUAAUACAUGUCUAUUUACUGAACAGAAACGGGUUUGUAAGCGUGUCUUUGCAUCUGCCUAGGUAGGUGUUUACAUGUUUGUGUUUUGUAAACAAAGAACAGUAAACAAGUCGUUUCAGCAGGCGCUUGCAUUGGAGCAAAGCC